AUCUCACUUGCGACGUCGGUGAAACGCUUUCAUUUCAGUCGGUACUCCGCUGCGCAGGGAAGCGCCUAGAGGUGAAAUAAAAUACAUAGUCCAGGGGGGAUGGUAGGCUAUAUUCGUUCAUAUUUGAGGAUGCAUUUUUUUCUAUCUCGUGCGCACCUAUAGCUAUGUAUGUACUCCAAUGCAAAUAGGUAUAGCAUAGGUUGUAACCGGUUGGACGUUUCAAUCUGAAUUGACUGGCUAGCAGUAAAUAGACUAGUAGGCUAUUACUCCGUGAUUGUUAUAAUCUCCCAGAUUGUCGGCGAGUUACUGCAGUCGAUGCUGCAGUUUUAGGCUCUUGCACCGGGCCGUGUGCUGCGACCGCAAACUCAAUGAGAAAGACAUGCUUUCCUUCGUUCUGGUCUCUGGGUCUGUCUGGAUAAUAUUAGAGCUGAGUUCCACCCUGAUGGAGAGGAUGCAGGCCCAGGAGCUAAUGAGCAGUCUACGGCUGCCUGAGCUGGAUGAGUUAACCCAGUUCUUCCGCUCCCUGCCCACCUCCACGCUGGUGGGAAUCGGUGCUCUGACUGCUGUGCUGGCCUACUGGCUGGCCACACGGCCACGCGCCAUCUCUCCUCCCUGCAACCUCCGGCACCAGUCUGAGGAAGUGCUGCAUGAAGAUGGGGUUCGCAGGUCCAUGCUGGGGGACAGCCCCAAUAAGCUGCUGACACACUACCAUGAGGAUGCCAAGACCAUGUACGAGGUGUUCCAGAGAGGCCUCCACAUAGCCGGUGAUGGACCUUGUUUAGGCUCCCGGCUACCCAACCAGCCUUACACAUGGCUGUCCUAUAAAGAGGUCACGACCCGGGCGGAGCACUUGGGGUCGGGGCUGCUGAGCCAGGGCUGCACGCCAAGCCCAGAUCAGUUCAUCGGAGUGUUUGCACAGAACAGGCCAGAGUGGAUCAUUUCGGAGCUGGCCUGCUACACCUACUCUAUGGUGGUGGUGCCUCUGUAUGACACACUAGGGCCUGAUGCCAUACAGUACAUCAUUAACACUGCCGACAUCAUCACAGUGAUCUGCGACAAGCCUGAGAAGGCCCAGGUGCUGCUGGGUAACGUGGAGAGGCAGGAAACCCCCGGGCUGAAGAGGAUCAUCCUCAUGGACCCCUUUGACCCUGCACUGCUGGAGCAGGGGGAAGGCUGCGGGGUCAUCGUCCAGUCCAUGCAAGACGUUGAGGCACUGGGCAGAGAGAAGCAUAGAAAUCCCAUGCCACCUACACCAGAAGACCUGUCCAUUGUGUGCUUCACCAGUGGUACCACAGGAAACCCAAAGGGAGUCAUGCUGACACACGGGAAUGUAGUGGCUGAUUUCUCAGGCUUCCUCAAAGUCACAGAUAAAGUCAUAUCCCCAAACCAAGACGAUGUUCUCAUCUCCUUCCUGCCUUUGGCUCACAUGUUUGAGAGACUCAUCGAGUCUGUGGUGUAUUGUCAUGGUGGCCGGAUCGGCUUUUUCCAAGGUGACAUCCGCCUGCUGUCUGAUGACAUGAAGGCCUUACGGCCCACCAUCUUCCCUGUGGUGCCUCGAUUGCUCAACCGCAUGUACGACAAGAUCUUCAGCCAGGCCAACACCCCAUUGAAGCGCUGGCUGCUGAACUUUGCAGCUAAGAGAAAAGGGGCAGAGGUCAGCAGUGGGAUCAUCCGCAUGGACAGCCUGUGGGAUAAGAUAUUCUUCAGUAAGAUACAGGCCAGCCUGGGUGGGAGGUUACGUAUGAUUGUGACUGGAGCUGCUCCGGCCUCCCCCACCGUACUGGGAUUUCUCAGGGCAGCACUGGGUUGUCAGGUGUAUGAGGCGUAUGGUCAGACGGAGUGUACUGCUGGUUGUACUUUCACCACUCCUGGAGACUGGACCUCAGGUCAUGUGGGGGCACCACUACCAUGUAACCUUAUCAAGCUGGUGGAUGUGGCUGAAAAGAACUACUUUGCUGCCAAAGGAGAAGGAGAGGUGUGUGUGAAAGGGCCCAAUGUUUUUAAGGGCUACCUUAAAGACCCAGGGAGGACGGCUGAAACGCUAGACACAGACGGUUGGCUCCACACCGGAGACAUAGGGAAAUGGUUACCUAACGGUACACUAAAGAUCAUUGACCGGAAGAAGCACAUCUUUAAGCUGGCCCAGGGAGAGUACAUCUCCCCUGAGAAGAUAGAGAACAUUUACAUCCGCUGUGAGCCUGUGACCCAGCUCUACGUCCAUGGUGACAGUCUACAGUCCUGUCUGGUUGCCAUAGUUGUUCCUGACCCAGAGACAAUGCCUGCUUGGGCCCUGAAGAAAGGCAUGGAGGGGAGCUAUCGGGACCUCUGUAAAAAUACUGUCCUGAAGAAAGCCAUCAUGGAAGACUUGCAGCGACUGGGCAAGGCGAGCGGCCUCCACUCGUUUGAGCAGGUGAAAAACAUCUACGUCCAUAAUGAGCUAUUCUCGAUACAGAAUGGCCUGUUGACUCCGACACUAAAAGCAAAGAGACCUGAGCUGAGGGAGUUUUUCAAGGAGAAGAUUGAAGACCUGUACGAAAACAUCUCCAUGUGAAACACGAUCCACAAACUAAAAGCCUGGUUCUCAGCAACAUCACUCCUCAUUCACAUUUACCCUUCACUCCACUUCACCCCUAUGAAACCACAAAAAAACAGGCUCAAAAUCAGCCAAACAAGUUACUGACUGUGGUUCAGGAAGGAAUAAUCGAUUUCUCUUUUGACGCCCGCUGACCGAGUGUUGCCCACUGCCCCACGGCAGCCAAUGUAGAUCUUCAACCAAAUCGGCCUCCUCUCCAUCUGGAAACGGCAGCAACAGACAGUCAACAGCCUGCACGUUCCUCUUUCCUUUGUAGGCCUAUCAAAACACAACUUAAAAGAUUGCAUCAGUUUUUCCCCCGACAUGAUGUGCUCAGAGUUUGCCUGGUGAGAACAUGCAUACAUGGGCUAAGGGCAGUGCAUGCAGUGUGCUCUGCAUCGUUGGGACUAUUGUUACAUGAUACUUCAACAUUUGUCCUGGGAUUUUCUGGCCGGCGACAGUCAAACUGUAUGGCUUUCUCAUGUAGUCGAUAUCGACAAGCUCCACCCAUUUGACGGAGGUUAGAACAAAAUGGACAGUGAUAUUUUGAGUUUACAUAGUACAAAUGUAUAGGCUUUGGAGUUCAUUUUGGUCGCAAAGUAUCACUAUGUAGAUGUAGAUGUAAGCAUAUGAAUGGAUUUUUUUUGUUUUGCGUGUAGUGAGAUGAAUUGUAACUUUUAUUGAAUUUUCUGUCAUAUGGAAUCAUCACCAUAUCCUUGUAUUGAAUGAGUGCAUCGAUAGGGAUUAGGGGGUGGGGAUGGGGCAGAUAAAUCAAAUAAAUUCUGGAAUGAUUUAUUUAUUUUCCAUGUCAAGCGAUGCUCAAUCAAACUAAAACAGGAUUAUCUUUGCAUUGCAACACUGACUCAUUUGGCUGGGCGAUAUAGACAAAGUGUUAACUAUGAUCACGAUCGAGAUAAAGGGUCAUAUGUUUACUAUGGCACAAGAAAAGUCUACGUCGAGCUAGCAGAUGCUAGUGCCUGCUUCUUCUCAGCAGCCAACAACCACAAUGUUGAGCGCCGAAGGUCUAUAGGGUAUAUUUUCUUCAAGUACCUCAGAUGAUGUUUCAUCAUCAUAUUUGAUGUCUGAUUUUAGUGGGGGAAAGACUGCACUUACAGAGCCUCUGAAAUAUGUUUGUGGGCAGUAGAACCUCACAUUGUCUGUUACAGCUAACCAAUUAACCUCCAUAUCGAAGUUGCAUGGGGGUAAGGGUUUCGACUCAAGCUCAAAGGAAAGGCUAGCAAUUGUAAUUUUACUGGGUUUUGAGUGAACCGAGGCCUGAAGACUAGCCCACAAAGUACAUGCCUACAUGAUUUAGCUCUGCAGGCUAACACAGUGUUGUGACAGUCAGCCAGGGCUCAAAUCAUAGUGUCCAUCACAUAGAUUAAUAUAAUGUAUUUGCAACAUCCAGCUCAUUUUAUUUGGUAAAACGCUAUUUACAUUUUUAACACUGUGUCCAAAAAAAUGAUUGACUUAAGCCCUUGGCUCCUAUAAGGACCAUAGGCCGUUGAUGGUAGUCCUCCAUCUCACUUAUUUUGGGUCAAGUUUUUCAACUUUGCACCAAUUGAGGCCGCUCUCAGUCAUUUCUGUCUGGACAAAUACACCUGUCAGAUAAAUAUCUAACCGGAAAUGUUUUUAUUUUUAAAAAUCCUGAGUCACAAUCACAAGUCUCUGCUUACCAACAAGCUGUUCAGAGGAUAACAUGAAUCCACUUCACAGAUAAGAUGUGAUUGACAUAUGUAGGGGAGAGUAUGAGGAUUGUGUACAUUGCAUCUGGCAGAACAAGCAUGCUUGUACAGCACUUUUGUAAAUUAAUGUAAAGUAUAAAAGGUAAACAUUUUUUCUUUGCAUGUGAAACCAUGGGACAGGUGAGGAAUCAAUAAAAAUGUAUAGUCAAAUUCCAACUUAUGAAUGUAAACAGGGCAGAAUAUAAAUAAUCAUGUAGUAUGUUUAAAAAUAUAUAAAUAGUAUGUUUUAUAGUAAAUCUAAAUGAUGGGCAGGAGAGGAAUAAAGCUGUACAUGUUGGA